CCGUCAUCGUCGCUGCGCUUCGUUGUUCGUUGGUUGCGUUGGUCAUUUUUCAUCGUUGGUCAUGCUCGCUCGUUGUUGCUCUUGCCGAUCGCCACUCGCUCCGGUUGAUCGAUGGUGAACAGAACGUCAGUGUCCGACAAGUUAUCAUUGGAUUG